AUGAGUACCGGCCAGUCAAACACCGGUUCUAAGAAGCUCUCCAACAACCCAAACUUUGUGUUGGAAGAAGAACAAAACCGCCGCCGCGCCGCCGGCGCUUGCAUCAAGUGCGGCAAAUUAGGUCACAAGUUUGCGGAAUGCCACACGGGCUGGAAGGCCACCCCUAUCAAGGAUAAGGGGAAGGCUAAAGAGACCGCCAAGAUUGGCAAAGACUCCAAAAUCUCCCCACUCUUCACUAUUUCAAUCAAGCCAGAGAAACAAGCGGACCCCUUAGAAGUCCUGAUAGAUUCAGGCGCCACAUCAUUGUUCCUACACCCACACACUGCUGAGGCAUUACGCCUACCCCUCAUAGACCUCCCUACACCCCGCACCGUUACUAUGCUUGAUGGGUCGAGCCCCCAGGCUGGCAAAAUCUGGAAGAAGGCCAUACUGACCUUUUCCUUUGAUGGCAAACAAAUGACAGAGACCUUCCUAAUCUGCAACACAGGAUCUCACGCCGCUAUCCUAGGAUUGAAAUUGAUUGGAAUCUGCGCACCCUCUCCUUUCCUCACCCCACCGGAACAAGUAACCAUUGCCGAAGAGGAGGAAGCCAACAAAAACCCUCUUGAAGGAGUACCCCCUGAGUACCAUCAGUAUGCUAAGGUAUUUGGGGAAGAAGAAUUCAACAAGCUCCCUCCGCACCGGCAUUACAACAUUGGAAUCAAGCUCACGGAAGAAGGGCCCCUCAACUCCCCCCUCUACAGUAUGACAGACGCUGAGUCCGCCACACUCAAGGACUGGCUCAGGGACGAGUUGAAAGCUGGGAAGAUCCAACCCAGUAAAUCCUCAAUCAGUUCCCCCGUCAUGUUUGUUCCAAAAAAGGAUGGUUCCCGCCGAUUAGUAGUUGAUUACCAACGCCUAAAUAACCGGACAAAAAAGAACGUUUACCCGCUACCCCGUCCUGAUGACCUCAUGGCCCAGCUCUGCGGCGCCAAGAUAUUCACCAAAUUAGAUCUAAGAUGGGGUUACAACAACGUCCGUGUCAAGGAGGGUGACGAAUGGAAAACUGCCUUCCAAACAAAGUAUGGCCUUUACAAGUCCCUGGUGAUGACCUUUGGUUUAACAAAUGCCCCCGCCGCCUUCCAGCACUUCAUGAACAAACUGUUCAAGGAUUUAUUGGAUGUAUGCGUCAUCAUCUACCUUGAUGACAUCCUCAUUUACUCCAAGGAUAACGCUUCCCACACCCGGCACGUCCAUGAAGUCCUACGGCGCCUUAUGGAAAAUCAACUGUUUUGUAAAGCCUCAAAGUGCACCUUCCACGUGACAUCUGUGGAAUACCUGGGUAUUAUUGUCUCGGAUAAAGGCUUCAGUUUGGAUAAGCUCAAAAUCCAGGCUGUCCAAGAAUGGCCUACUCCUACCAAAAUCAAAGAGGUUCAAUCAUUCUUGGGAUUUGCCAACUUCCUCCGCCGAUUCAUUGCCAAUUUCAGCCACAUGGCUAGGCCGUUACACAACCUAGUCAAGAAGGACACUCCUUGGAAAUGGGAUACAAAGGAACAAGAAGCUUUCCAAGGGUUGAAGGACGCAAUCACCAACGCCCCUGUCCUCUGCCAUGCGGACCCUGCCAAACCCUACUUCCUGGAAACAGAUGCAUCCGGCGCGGCCCUUGGUUCUAUACUCAGUCAACGGCAGGAAGAUGGUUGCUUACACCCCCUUGGUUUCCUCUCUGAAUCAUUCAAAGGAGCCAAGCAGAAUUAUGACACACACAAUAAGGAGCUCCUAGCAAUCAUUUGCUCCUUUGAGUACUGGCGCAUAUUCCUGGAAGGGACUCUAUACCCCAUCACCGUAUUCACCAAUCACUGUAACCUGGAAUACUGGAAAGAAUCCCGGACGUUCAACCGCCGCCAUGCAAGAUGGCACCUUUUAUUGGCCGGAUACAACUUCCAGAUAGUAUACCGUCCCGGCAAACAAUCCGGUAAACCCAAUGCCCUGUCACAACGUUCUGACCAUGCGGACAUUCCCCCUGCCAAUCAAACCAUGCUACCCAACCCCGUAUUCACCAACGUUGCCCUAGUCACCCCUGAGAGGGAGCUCCAACGCCAAAUCAAAGGCGCCCUUGACCAAGACAAAUCACUAGAGGAAAUAACAAUUCCUCCAAAAUGA